UCUUCCAACCCGUGAAGCUCCCUGUUCCGCGAGCAUACGUCAUCGUUCUCGCUUUCCGGUAGCUAAGGCGAUCAGCGGGACUUCCCACUGAGACGGGCGGAUGUUAUAUUGUAUCAGGGCGAACCUCUGAGGAGCGCUGGCUGCGCUUAGGCCACGGUGCGGCAGGCGCCGGGGUUUUCUGAAACAGAAACGUUUAGGGGUGUGGAAACGUGUUCCGAGGAACUGUGGUUUUGAAGUGCGAUACACACCUGUCUUGCCCUGUUCCAAGAUGGUGGCAGGGCUUCUCUGAGUCUCUCUCUUCCGCCAGUCCGUUGGAGAAGCGCUCUUUGAUUGGCCAGUGGACAGCGUCGUGGCAUGACGCGCUGGGGCGCUGGCCAAUCGGUUGAGAGCUGAGCUGGACUUGGCGGUGGGAGCCGGGGCCUGGCUAUUGCAGCUGUGGGUGAGGACGGCUCUAGCUAGGUGAGCGGUUCCGGCCAGGUGAGCGCGGUGCCCAGGUGACGGAGGUCCGAGGGCACGGGUAUGAGUUUCUGCGGGGGGCGAAGGUGGGCGGCUGCUGGGAUGAGGCCUUUUGUUGACAGUUUGGGGUAGCGGGGGGAAUCGAUGAUCCAGGAAUCCCCUGAGGGUGUCAUCCCCCACCAGGCUGGCACCGAUUUCUGGCUCCAGAUUCCCCAGAAUUGCGGGGUGCGCACAGCUGGAAGGACCCAACCCCCGUUUUAUAGUUGAGAAACUCAAGACUUAGACAAGUGAAACGACUUUUGCUUCAUGACAGCUGGAACUGGAACCCAGUUCCCUUUUAGACUAUGGCGACAUACCUGGAGUUCAUCCAGCAGAAUGAAGAACGGGACGGUGUGCGUUUUAGUUGGAAUGUGUGGCCUUCCAGCCGGCUGGAGGCUACAAGAAUGGUUGUACCCCUGGCUUGUCUCCUUACUCCUUUGAAAGAACGUCCAGACCUACCUCCUGUACAAUAUGAACCUGUGCUUUGCAGCAGGCCAACUUGUAAAGCUGUUCUCAACCCACUUUGUCAGGUUGAUUAUCGAGCAAAACUUUGGGCCUGUAAUUUCUGUUUUCAAAGAAAUCAGUUUCCUCCAGCUUAUGGAGGCAUAUCUGAGGUGAAUCAGCCUGCUGAAUUGAUGCCCCAAUUUUCUACAAUUGAGUACAUGAUACAGCGAGGUGCUCAGUCCCCUCUGAUCUUUCUCUAUGUGGUUGACACAUGCCUGGAGGAAGAUGACCUUCAAGCACUCAAAGAGUCCCUGCAGAUGUCCCUGAGUCUUCUUCCUCCAGAUGCUCUGGUGGGUCUGAUCACAUUUGGAAGGAUGGUGCAGGUUCAUGAACUAAGCUGUGAAGGAAUCUCCAAAAGUUAUGUCUUCCGAGGGACCAAGGAUUUAACUGCAAAGCAAAUACAGGAUAUGUUGGGCCUGACCAAGCCAGCCAUGCCCAUGCAGCAAGCACGACCUGUACAACCACAGGAGCACCCUUUUGCUUCAACCAGAUUUCUGCAGCCUGUUCACAAGAUUGAUAUGAACCUCACUGAUCUUCUUGGGGAGCUACAGAGGGACCCAUGGCCAGUAACUCAGGGGAAGAGACCUUUGCGAUCCACUGGCGUUGCUUUGUCCAUUGCUGUUGGCUUGCUGGAGGGCACUUUUCCAAACACGGGAGCCAGGAUCAUGCUGUUUACUGGAGGUCCCCCUACUCAAGGGCCUGGCAUGGUGGUUGGAGAUGAAUUAAAGAUUCCUAUUCGUUCUUGGCAUGAUAUUGAGAAAGAUAAUGCACGAUUCAUGAAAAAGGCAACCAAGCACUAUGAGAUGCUUGCUAAUCGAACAGCUGCAAAUGGUCACUGCAUUGAUAUUUAUGCUUGUGCCCUUGAUCAAACUGGACUUUUGGAGAUGAAAUGUUGUGCAAAUCUUACUGGAGGCUACAUGGUAAUGGGAGAUUCUUUCAACACUUCUCUCUUCAAGCAGACAUUCCAAAGAAUCUUUACUAAAGAUUUUAAUGGAGAUUUCCGAAUGGCAUUUGGUGCUACUUUGGACGUAAAGACCUCUCGGGAACUGAAGAUUGCAGGAGCCAUUGGUCCAUGCGUAUCUCUGAAUGUGAAAGGACCGUGUGUGUCAGAAAACGAACUUGGUGUUGGUGGCACGAGUCAGUGGAAAAUCUGUGGCCUAGAUCCUACAUCUACACUUGGCAUCUAUUUUGAAGUUGUCAAUCAGCACAACGCCCCGAUCCCCCAAGGAGGCAGAGGAGCAAUCCAGUUUGUCACGCAUUAUCAGCACUCCAGCACCCAGAGACGCAUCCGCGUGACCACCAUCGCCCGAAAUUGGGCAGAUGUACAGAGUCAGCUCAGGCACAUAGAAGCAGCAUUUGACCAGGAGGCUGCAGCAGUCUUGAUGGCACGACUUGGGGUGUUCCGAGCGGAGUCAGAGGAGGGACCUGAUGUGCUCCGGUGGCUGGACCGACAACUCAUCCGACUGUGUCAAAAGUUUGGACAGUAUAACAAAGAAGACCCCACUUCUUUUAGGUUAUCAGAUUCCUUUUCUCUGUAUCCUCAGUUCAUGUUCCAUCUGAGAAGAUCUCCAUUUCUUCAAGUGUUUAACAAUAGUCCUGAUGAGUCGUCAUAUUACAGACAUCAUUUUGCCCGGCAGGACCUGACCCAGUCCCUCAUCAUGAUCCAGCCCAUUCUCUACUCUUACUCCUUUCAUGGGCCACCAGAGCCAGUACUCUUGGAUAGCAGCAGCAUUCUAGCUGACAGAAUUUUGCUGAUGGAUACUUUCUUUCAAAUUGUCAUUUAUCUUGGUGAGACCAUAGCCCAAUGGCGUAAAGCUGGCUACCAGGACAUGCCCGAGUACGAAAACUUCAAGCACCUUCUGCAGGCACCACUGGAUGAUGCUCAAGAAAUUCUGCAAGCACGCUUCCCGAUGCCACGUUACAUUAACACGGAGCAUGGAGGCAGUCAGGCUCGAUUCCUUUUGUCCAAAGUGAACCCAUCUCAGACACACAAUAACCUCUAUGCUUGGGGCCAGGAAACUGGAGCACCCAUCCUAACUGAUGAUGUUAGCCUGCAGGUGUUCAUGGACCAUUUGAAGAAGCUGGCUGUCUCCAGUGCCUGCUAAGCUGAGGAUGCAACCAGGAAAUUGAAGAGAACGGUGUCAGAUCGUGUUCAAAAUGUCUAGAAAGGCUUAAUAACAUUCCUGUUACUUUUCUAGCAGAUUUUAACAAAUAAUCAAGGAAAUUUUGUAUGUAACUCUUUAGAUUAUAAUUUAUUUGUAUUCCUGUCUUUGUCCUUUUUCUUGCACUAUAAAAUUAUAAGGUCAUAAAUGUUUUGGUACUUGUAGAUGUUUAUGUGCUUUUUGUAUCCUAACUUUUAGAAUCUAAAUAAAAUCAGAGGUAGUGUAUUUUGGCAACUUGUUUAGGUGAGAAUCUUAAUGAUCAUAAAGGAAAUAAAUCUAGAUGCAGAAAGUACUGGCUAAAAUAUUGCUAAUACAAAUGUGAUUUCCUGAGG